GGAUUAACUAGUGUCCUCGGGGUUUGAUGGCGGAGCAGUAGACAACUGGGAUUCAGCUGUUAAAAUCAGAACCCAAGGCAGCGUAUAUAAUCCUCCUCCUCUCCAUUUUAUCUUCACAACAACCCUGUGAGGUGUGCUAUGUGGCAAAUCAUUACCAUUUUGGCAUUUUCAGCUGCCUUCAUACUGCCUAAUGGCCAUGGAGCCUCAGUAUUUUACAGCAGCCAAGAAGCAAAUCAAGUGCUGAAAAUCCAGAAGCGUGCAAACUAUCUCUUUGAAGAAUUAAAGCAAGCUUCUCUGGAGCGGGAAUGUAUAGAGGAAGUGUGUGAUUUUGAAGAAGCCUUUGAGAUAUUUCAAGACAAGGAAAUGACUCUAGAACUUUGGCCAAAGUAUUACGAUGGAGAUCUGUGUGAAUCGAGCCCGUGUUUCAAUGGACGCUGUCAAGAUGCUUUCGGGGAAUUUCAUUGUAUUUGUAACAAAGGCUGGGAGGGACGCCUGUGCCAAGCUGAGCUCAUCUACACCAACUGUUCUACUUCCUAUGGUGGCUGUGGACAUUUCUGUGAGGAGGGCGAAAGAGAUAAUGAGCAGUUCCGCUCCUGCAGCUGUGCUUCAGGCUACCGGCUAACAGAUAAUUAUACAACUUGUGAACCUGUUGGUGAAUACCCCUGUGGAAGAGUUGUGGAGCCCGAGUCAAACCUCGUUAAAGUCACUGGAGGCUUACCUGUGGGAAAAGGAGACAGCCCCUGGCAGGUUAUGCUGAGAAACAGUGCAGGCCGUUUCAAGUGUGGUGGUGUUCUCAUUAACUCCAACUGGGUGCUGACAGCUGCUCAUUGUGUGGUGGGAGAACAAAGGAUCAGAUUGUCAUUUGGUAAAUACUAUCGCCGGCGAAAGGAUGACAAUGUAGAAGAUAUCAUUGCUGACAGGCUAGUGCCUCAUGAAAAUUAUUCUGCCAUCACCUCUGACAAUGACAUCGCAUUGCUGCACCUACACCACCCAGUUCACAUUAACAGGUUCAAGCUGCCCAUCUGCCUGCCUUCCAAGAAUCUGGCAGAGCAGGAGCUGAUGAAAGAAGGGACAAAAGUAGUGGUGACAGGCUGGGGUGCCCAGAGUGAAGACAACAAAAAGAACCUCUCCUCUGUUCUCAAGUAUAUUGAAGUCCCUUUGGCAUCCCGGAAUGAUUGUGUUCAUGCUAUGUGGCAUGAUCUCUCUGAUAACAUGCUCUGUGCGGGGAUACUGGGAGAUAGACGAGAUGCCUGUGGGGGAGACAGUGGUGGUCCUAUGGUCACGAAAUUCAAGGACACCUGGUUCCUAGUUGGGCUAGUAAGCUGGGGAGAAGGCUGCGGGAAUCCUGAUAACUUUGGAAUCUAUACCAAGAUCAGCUCAUAUCUUGACUGGAUCAAACAGAAAAUGCAAACCAAAGAUGAUCCAAUCAAACACUAAGUCACGAAAAGGAUGAUUUGGGACUACUUUGGCAAUGCACUCAGAAUAGUAUGCUAAUAAAUACAGAAUAUACAAAGCG